CCCGCUUCCGCGUCCGCCUCGGUGGCGUUCCGCUUGCGGCCCGGGUCGCUGGGCUGCCCCUGAGCCUAAGCCGCUGGUCUCAGGAUAACUUUUGGAGCUUCUAAGUUAGCACUGACCCUGAGUUCUGAGGCUCCAGGUGCAAUGACUCAAGCAGAAAUUAAGCUGUGUUCUUUGCUGCUGCAAGAGCAUUUUGGGGAGAUUGUAGAAAAAAUUGGAGUCCACCUAAUCAGAACUGGAAGCCAGCCACUUAGAGUGAUUGCCCACGACACAAGAGCAUCAGUGGACCAGGUGAAAAAAGCCCUUUGUGUCCUCAUCCACCAUAACCUGGUGACCUAUCACGUGCAUAAGCGCGGCGUGGUGGAGUAUGAGGCCCAGUGCAGCCGGGUACUGCGGAUGCUUAGGUACCCCCGGUACAUCUACACGACCAAAACGCUGUACAGUGACACCGGAGAGCUGAUUGUCGAGGAGCUCCUGCUGAAUGGCAAAAUGACGAUGUCCGCCGUCGUGAAGAGAGUAGCAGACCGGCUCACAGAGACCAUGGAGGACGGCAAGACCAUGGACUAUGCUGAGGUGUCGAGUGCGUUUGUGCGACUGGCAGAGACUCACUUUGUGCAGCGCUGUCCCCUGGUCCCUGCCACUGACGGCUCUGACCCUGGGCCACCACCGCCUGCCCCAACCCUUGUCGUUAAUGAAAAGGACAUGUACCUGGUUCCCAAACUGAGCUUGAUAGGAAAAGGUAAGAGGAGGAGAUCAUCUGAUGAAGAUGCUACUGGAGAGCCCAAGGCCAAGAAACCAAAAUUCACAGAUAAGAAGGAGCCCAUUCCAGAUGAUGGAAUUUACUGGCAAGUCAACCUUGACAGAUUCCACCAGCACUUCCGUGACCAAGCCAUUGUGAGCGCAGUCGCGAACCGAAUGGACCAGACAAGCAGCGAGAUUGUGCGGACGAUGCUCCGAGUGAGUGAAAUUACCACUCCCUCCAGUGCCCCAUUCACUCAGCCUCUGUCCUCCAAUGAGAUCUUCAGAUCCCUGCCCGUCGGCUAUAACAUCUCUAAGCAGGUUCUUGAUCAGUACCUCACGCUACUGGCAGAUGACCCACUAGAGUUUAUUGGAAAGUCUGGCGACAGCGGUGGAGGAAUGUAUGUCAUCAACCUCCAUAAGGCAUUAGCAUCCCUAGCCACUGCAACUCUGGAGUCGGUAAUCCAGGAGAGAUUCGGGUCUCGCUGCGCCAGGAUAUUCCGUCUGGUAUUGCAGAAGAAACACCUGGAACAGAAGCAGGUGGAGGAUUUUGCAAUGAUCCCUGCAAAGGAGGCAAAGGAUAUGCUGUAUAAGAUGCUCUCAGAAAACUUCAUAUCACUCCAGGAAAUUCCUAAAACACCAGACCAUGCCCCGUCCAGGACCUUCUAUCUAUACACCGUGAAUGUGCUGUCAGCUGCCAGAAUGUUGCUGCACAGGUGCUACAAGAGCAUAGCCAACUUGAUAGAAAGGCGGCAGUUUGAAACAAAGGAGAACAAGCGGCUCCUAGAAAAGUCUCAGCGGGUGGAAGCCAUCCUUGCGUCAAUGCAGGCCACGGGGGCGGAGGACGCGCAGCUGCAGGAGAUAGAGGAGAUGAUCACGGCCCCUGAGCGGCAGCAGCUGGAGACCCUGAAGCGCAACGUGAACAAGCUGGAUGCCAGUGAGAUCCAGGUAGAUGAAACCAUCUUCUUGCUGGAGUCCUACAUUGAGAGCACCAUGAAGAGACAGUGACCCAGAAGAGCCAAGGCUGGGAUCAGACGCGGGGCCUCCACAUGCUGGCCAGCGGACACCGCAGCCCCGCCAGGGACCAGCGCCCUGCUCAAAAGAUGUGGGAGAUACGGGAAAGGAAGAAGGUGCUUGGAUGCUUUCCUUGCAGUGGGAUCAGUUGCAGGUUCUUGCAGUUUGUUUGUUUGUUUUUUAAUUUUUCAAGACGGUUUCUCUGCGUAGUCUUGGCUGUCCUGAAACUCACUGUGUAGACCAGGCUGGCCCCAAACUCACAAAGGCCUGCCUCUGCCUCUGAGUGCUGGAUUAAAGGCGUGCACCACCUCGCCUGGCUAAGUUGCAGAUUCUUGUACCGAUGAACCAUAUUCCUGUCCUUCUGCACUGCUCAUGACACACCUGAAAGAGGACAUUCUCGUCUCAUCAAAUCCCCACAGUGGGAAGAACCUUAAAUAAAUGAGAUUAAUCAGAAAUUAGCUGUAUCCGUUCUUAUCAAGAGUCAUCUGGGGCCAGCAAGGUGACUGAACAGCUCGAGCCUGAGGACCUGGGUUCAGGUGCUCGGCGCCCGCAUGAGAUGUAGGUGUGAUGCCUGUGAGCCCGCCAGGGAGAUGGGCGCAGCCCUGAGACAAAUUGAUGAGCUUCUGCUUCAACAAGCCACGUGAAGAGCAGCACGCUGAUGGGUGGCUCUGUGGGUAAGGGGGCUUGCCACCAAGGCUGAUGACCCAGCCCCAGAACCCACAUGCUACAAGAAGAGAACAAACACAAAUUAUCCUCUAGCCUCUUCUGAGGCACAAUAGCACACAUACACAUAAAAUCAAGGAAGACCUCCCCCAACUAUCGAUUUCUGAUCUGGACACACGACACAUACACCACACAGACAAAAAGAAGUCCACCAAACCUGGGCAUGAAGGUGCGGGCCUGUGAUCCCACCAAUAAGGAGGCUAAGAUGGGGGAAUUACUGCAAGUUCAAGGUCAGCCUGGGCCUUUUGAUGAGUUUCAGGCUGGUGUGGCCAACAGAGUGAGAACCUGUCUUAAGAAAACAAAAAUUAAGUCCAAACUUAUGUUGAUAAAACACCGUGACCAAGGAACUUACAGAAGACCCUUACCUGGCCUUACAGUUCCAGAGGGCCAGAGUCCAAGAUGGCAGAAUGAAGGCAUGGUGGCAGAAACAGGAUGCCUACCCCAGUGGCAUCCUCCAAGGCCACACUACUAAACCUCUCCAUUAGUGCUACCAGUUGGGGGUCAAGUGUUCAAAUCCCCAAGGGGAGCUGUGAGGGACAUACUCAAACCAUCACGGUCCCUCAAAUUUCUUCCUAGGCGUCAAUUCCAUUUGCAAAGUCUGUGUCUAUUUCACUGAGCUGUAAUGUUUAACACAUGCUCACAGUGUACAGCAUGUCAAAAAACUGCUGUGGGAGGAGGAAAAGUACUUAUUUGGGGUUUUUUGUUGUCGGUCUUGGUUUUUGUUUUGGUUCUGAGACAAGGUUUUGCUGCCUAGCUAGGCUGACCUGGAGCUCGCUGUGUAGACCAACUGACCUGGAACUUUCAGCAAUCUUCCAGCUUGCGUUUCACAGAUACUAGGGUUAAAGCAUGUACUACACAACCCAGCAAGAAGACCUGUUUUCAGGACUGACAGGUAAAAUGGCCCAAGCAGUCAUUGAAUAUGUAAAUUUGCCAACUCUAGGCUUCUAGAAUAUCUGAAAUUAUCUAUGUAGAAGACUUUACUAUGAUGUCCGGAACAUGAUAAACACGCGCGCGUAAUCAUUACGUCAUUACUUUUCUGUCUGUGGUCCUGCUCUAGAUUGUGUCAGUAUCUUGAAUAUAGUUUGUCCCGGUAGCUUCAGUUCAUUUAACACAGGUAAGCGUUGCUCAUAAGACCCUUUCCUCUUACCAAUAACGCUUGGGUGUCAAUAUGUUGCUAAUUUCUACAUUAAAUCCAAAGUAUCAAAAUAAACAGGAGGCCCUAGUCUGGAAGUAAAGGUCCUUGCUUGCCAAGUUUGACAACCUGAAUAUUUUUAAUUGAAAAUAG